AUGAAGACUCCUGUAUGAUCUGAGCAGGUAUCUGAACAUCUCCAAGAGCAUUUGGGCGAUAACUGGUUGCUUUCUGCUGAUGGUCACGCUCGCAUGAACCUGUGUGUGAGAGGGGGUUUGAACUUCGUCUCGUGUGUGUGUGUUUGUGUGUGUCGGAAGUAACGACAGGCCCCUGCUUCGGCUCGUUAUUCGCUAACAGCCCAAGCUAAUGUCACAUUAGCUUUCCGGCUGCUUCCUGUCAUCUCAAGUCAAAUUCACUCAGCCGUGACAGCUACAGCAUGUCAUAAAGCAUCAUUUUCUUCUUGACUGAGGAGGAUCACGAGGCUGUGACAGUCCAGCUGGGUCGCGGUCAUGCAGCACCCCAAUUUUGAGACCCGCCACCCGCUCCAGACCGAGGAGCAGCAGGAGACGGGCUUUGACCCCCUUCACAAUUUCAACAAGAACCGCAGCAGUACGUCAUCUGUCAGUGACAGCUUACAGACCUGUGGAGGAUCUCUUGACAGCGGCACCGACUCACAGUCUCAGUCAACCUUUCUCUCGUACAGGAAAGAAUGGGACGACUUGUUCCUCAACAGUAAUUACCUGGCCAGGAUCCGGCAGGCGGGCAUCAACGGGCGGCUGAGGAGCAGCCGCUUUCGGAGCGUGUGCUGGAAGUUGUACCUGGAGGCUCUUCCAGAAGACAAGAGCCAGUGGAUCAACAAGACUCAGGAGCUCCGGGCCCAGUAUGAGAAAAUCAAAGAGACGCACAUCACUAACCCCCGCAAGGCUGCCGGCCAGCAGGACCUCGUGGUAAACAACCCGCUGUCCCAGGAUGAGGGGAGCCUGUGGAACAAGUUCUUCCAGGAUAAAGAGCUGAAGGGGAUGAUCAAGCAAGAUGUGUUGAGAACAUUCCCCGAGAUCCGUUACUUCCAGGACGAGGAUGUGAGGACCAAGCUGACGGACAUUCUCUUCUGCUACGCCAGAGAAAACGAACAGUUACUGUAUAAACAGGGAAUGCAUGAGUUGCUGGCUCCCAUAGUGUUUGUGUUGCACUGUGACCAUCAGGCCUUCCAGCAUGCCAGCGAGACAGCCGCCCCCAGUGAGGAGAUGAAGUGUCUGUUGAACCCUGAGUUCCUCGAGCACGAUGCCUAUGCUAUGUUCUCGCAGCUGAUGGAGACGGCGGAGCCGUGGUUCUCAAGCUUUGAGAGGGAAGUGAGAAAGGGUAAAGAAGAGAUGCUGACCAGCAUCCCGUUUGCUCGGCCCCAGGACGCAGGGCCGUCCGUUGCCAUAGUGACCAAAGUCAACCGGAUCCAGGACCAGCUGGUGAAGAAGCACGACGUAGAGCUGCACAUGCACCUCAACCGGCUGGAGAUAGCCCCGCAAAUCUACGGCAUUCGGUGGGUUCGUCUACUGUUUGGCCGUGAAUUCCCUCUUCAGGACCUGCUGGUGGUGUGGGACGCCCUGUUUGCAGACAGCAUCACUCUGGACCUGGUGGACUACAUCUUCGUGGCCAUGCUGCUCUACAUCCGAGAUGCUCUCAUUGCUAGUAACUUCCAGACCUGCCUGGGCCUCCUAAUGCACUACCCUCCAAUAGGAGACAUCAACUCUUUGCUGCAAAAAGCUCUGUUCCUCCGAGAUCCCAAAAACAAUCCCCGACCUGUGAACUAUCAGUUCCAGCAGAAUCUGGAUUACUACAAAACGAGGGGCGCUGACCUGAUGAACAAGACACGGUCUGGCUCCAGUACAAAAGCGGCUCCCCUCAACAUCAACAAGGUGUCCAGCAGCCUGCUGAGCUUCGGCAGGAAGCUGAUCGGCCCAGCCAUGUCGGGCGCUUCCAGCGGCAUCUCGCCGAUCAACUGCGAGGUGCACUCCUCCCCUUCCUCCUCCUCGUCCACGUCUCCCUCCUCGGCGCACGUCCUGCCUCACCCGCUGGCUGAGGCCCCCGCCCCGACGCAGAGCCAGACCCAGGUCCAGACCCAGGCCGAGACUCACCACUACCGCAUGCUCAAGUCUGAAAGCAUGCCCGUGCACCUCAGCAAAGAUGAAGUUUCAGGUGCCGUGUCUCAGGUCUCUCUCCCAACCCAGACUCACACUGACACACAAGGCCAAAGCUCCCGGAUGGUCAGCUCCUCCCCCAGCACAGAAAGCCUCUCCGGUGGGCGAGGUCAGCCCACCGCCUCCCCGCCCCUUCCCCUCUCCAGAGGGACUGACGCCAGCACCUCAUCCCCGCCCCUCUCCGCCACCAAGAAAGAGUCCUUCUUCGCCAUCACUCGCUCUCGCUCCCACAGCAAAACCAUGGGCAAGAAAGAGACGGAGGAGGAUCUGGAAGCCCAGAUGUCAUUCCUUCAGGGCCAGAUCAACGACCUGGAGGCCAUGAGCAAGUACUGUGCCAAAAUGAUGAACGCACACAUCUGCAAAAUCCAGGAAGUGAUUCUCGAAGAACAUCUGGAGAAAGAGGAUGAGGUCCUGGUGUCGCUGGCUGGACUCAAACAGAUCAAAGACAUCCUGAAGGGCUCGCUGCGCUUCAACCAGAGCCAGCUGGAGGCCGAGGAGAACGAGGAAAUCACCAUCGCCGACGAUCACUACACCUCCACGGCGGCCGCUGAAACCGCUCUGAACACCGCCAACCACCACGGUGACGGCCAGCGACAGGGAAACGGCGGGCGCAGCCGGGACUCCGACCUGGAGGGGAGCGCGAGCACGGACGAGAAAGAGGAAGAGGAGCAGGCCGCGACGCCGCCUGAGCAGCAGGUGGCGUCUUCCCUCGGCUCGGAGGGUAAGAACUGGGACGACUACAUCCUCGUGUGUCAGGAUGGAGACCUUCAUAUGGAUGGGGGAGGAGGAGGAGGUGGAGGAGGUGGAGAAAGGGCUGCACCUGAGCACACUCCUCCAGUCAGGCGAGGCCGCGGCCUGGUGCGAAUGGAGCCUGAGGGAGCAGCCGGGACUUUCCACGACCCCCUGAUGGCUGGCACCACCUCGGGCUCCUCCAGCCCAGACGACGGCUCCACCCACAGCAAGGACUCGGACUUUACCAUCGUCAACCCGAACGACCUGUGAAUGAGUACAUCCCCCCCCCCCCCCCCCAACAACCCCCCCUCACCCCUCUCCUCCUUCUCUAUCACCUGAUCUGUUUCAUUUCCCUUUCCGGGGGUUCUGAUAGAAGAAAACUGACUUGGGAUCAGAGAGGGGAAACUCGCAGUCUUCGGUGGAGCGCCUCGGGAACUGCUGUCAACUUAAAAAUUGCACACGUGGACUGUGACAGUCGAUCACAAAUACCUUAUACUCUGUCUCUUUAACUGUUAUCUGUGCCACUUCGGUCCUGUCUGAACUGCGGCUGUCUCAUCUACCUAAUGCCUGUCUGCUUAUUACUCUGGGCCUUUUACGGGUGCCAUCCACCUCCAACCAUCUCUCAUGGCGUUUAGCUGUAGUUCCCCGCUCUACAGAGAGAGGGUGCCAUUGAACUGCUUACCCUGUCACUACAUUAUUACUGUUAAAGAGCUGGACCUCAAACUGCUAUUGACCUUCGGAGGACGACUCUCCUCUUACUGUACUGAUAGGGAGUGUGAUGUUCGGCUUCUUCUGGAUGUGGAGAUCUGGCCACACCUAUGCCUGUGUCAUGUCCGCGCGUCUGUCUUUGUCCUUAGAGAGGAAGCUCACUUCUCUGAUACUCAAAGGAAAGAAUGACGGUGUCCUCCUGUCGCUUGUGGAGGACAGCUUUCUCCCCCCCUCCCUCCUCCUGAACCAGUGCCUCUGACCAUUAUUCUUCUCUCAGCCAAACAAAACCUAACUCUGUGAUCUUAUUCUUAUUUUUGUUAGCCUUUUUUUUAUUUUAAAGAAAGUAUUUUAACACUUUAGACCUUUGAUUUCCCAGAUAAAAAUGAUUAAAUUAUGGAGUAAGUCAUUUUUUUUUGUUUUCGUUUCGCUUUGCUUUUAACGUUGAUUCCGAUGUGAACAUUUUAUUGUUUUGCAUUUGUCGCAUUUCAAGUGAGUUUGUGUGGAAAUUAUGUAAAGCAGCACACAAAGAAUGUCCCUCUAGCUGCCCAUUCAGCAUAAUUAACCCUAGACCAAUAAAACUACGUCGCUCUUGCUACA